AUAACCCCGUUUAUCCUACUUACUCUCCUUGACCACAGAGUCCCAGAUCCAGUCGCUGAAGAGUAUGCUGGCGUAGGUGGAUGCCGGAAACAAGGAAAUGCGCGCCAGGAUUGACAAAGCCAAAUCCCACAUUGAGAAUAUGCUUGCCGAGGACAACGGAAAAGAUGCUGAGAUCAGUGCUCUUGAAAAUGAGAACAGGCCCUUCCACAGCAAACUAGAAGAAGGCAGAGCUUUUUAUCACAACAACUACAACUUUUUGGCAUUUGACAAGAUGACCAAAUACGCAGAGGCUAUGUGCAGAGAGAACGAGUGGCUGCAGAGCGAAAAUGAGAGGUUGCGGAGCGAGAGGAACAGGAUGUGGAGCGAGAACAAAGAGCUUCAGAGAAACGACACGACCACCCAGAAGACACACAGGGCUCUCUACAGUUUGUUUCUGUCCAAGUAUGAAGAUAUGGCAGCGCUGGCAGAUGACAAACAGCGCCUUAAAGAGGAAACCUUCAGUUUAACCAAGCAGCUGACCCAAGCCAACAACUUGCUUGCAUGCAAAGAUGCCCACAUUGCUAGCCUCAAGGCUCAGGCUUGCACUGAGACUGGGUCUAAUGGCGGCACGCGCACUCGACAUGCUACUUCUGGCACCCAGGCCAACAGAUAUUCGGUAGCGCCAGACGUCAAAGGCAACUACAACCACCAGAACGAGAUCGCUUGUUUGAACAGCAAACUGACCAAGGCGGACCGCGCGCAGGUGCACAGCACUCGCCAGUUGGAGAAAAUGAAAGAAUGUCUUGAGGUUAAGGAGCGGGAGAUUAUGACACUGAUUGGAAAGUUGGCCGACCAACCAUUUGGAAGUGGACCAAUGGGCGGGUGUCUUGGUCCAAAGCAGUCUGUGAAAGGAACAUAUUUGGAAUUCCCCAUCGAUACGCCGGACACAUCCAUGGAGUCGCCAGCUGACAACCCUCACUUGCGAUAUGUGGCUAUGGCCGACUCGCUGGUGCGCAAUAAGCCCAGCUGUGGCCACACCGCCCCUCGCGCGCGUGCUGAGGAUUAUCCUACUGAUGGGAGCUCCAACGUCAGCGCCAGCCGCUCGAACCACAAAUCCAACAGCAAAAGUGUGCGCUUUGCCAUGUAUUAACUUUAAUAUAU